UGCAUAUAAACCUGGGCCAUGAAAGUAAGAGUGAAGUUCAAAUUCAUGUUUGCUCCUUGAAAGGACACUGAACAAUCUGUGCACUUGGGAAGUUCUUCAUUAGUGGACACAGAUUUCACAGCAUGGCUUCAAGUUUGCUUUUGACUUUGCUUCUGCCAAUUGCAGCUGUUUCACAUAUGGUGGAGCUGACACCCAAAGUUCUGAUAAAAGUGGGCGACAGGAGAGAGGUGACCUGCAGCGUGAGAUCUUGCCAGGAGAGUGUGAAGUUUGUGUGGACCACGUUAGAAGAUAAACCACUGUACGCUACUGUUAAGACACACAACAGAGAAUCUGUGCUGAUCUUUAACAAUGUGACAAAGAACUACGAAAACAACAUAAUAUGCAAAGCACAAUGUGGGAAGGAGACAAAACAGCAGAAAACAACAAUUCAAGUUUAUUCUUUUCCAAGAAACCCAGUUAUAUCCGGGAAUGAUCGAUUGAUAUUGGGCGAGGAAAACCUCUUGACCUGUGAAGUGCCUUCUGUAUACCCUUCGGAGUCUCUUGAAGUGGAAUGGUUAUAUGGAGACACUGUUCUUCAGAGGGAAGAAGGGGAACCUGGCAAAGAUAGUUUGUCUUUUUCUUUCAAAUUCAUACCUUCAAGUGAGCAUGAUGGAAAGGCAAUAACCUGCAGAGCAUCACUGCAUGUAGAAGGUAUACCCACAAAUGAGAUGACCAAGGAGGCAUCUGGACUCAUGAGAGUUCUGUCUGCACCACAUAAUGUGAGAGUAUCUGAAGCGACCGCACUCUUACUGGGAUCCAGUUUAACUUUGACCUGUGAGGCAAAGGGCAACCCGAAGCCUGUGUUUACAUGGACGGCUCUUAAACCAGAUGGCCAGUCUGUUGAAAUGGGGAAACAUCAAGAGCUCUUCAUACAAAAUGUGUCCUUAUCGGAUGCUGGUACUUACCAGUGUGAGGUUAGCAAUGAUUUGGGGAAAGAGAAGGCAAAUGUUUCGGUUGUCAUUCAAGCACCUCCAAUGAAUACAAUCAUUGAAGCAAGUCCACUGGCAGUUUUGAAGGAAGGUGAAUCUGUGAGCAUUUCCUGCCUGUCUAACGGUGUUCCAGUAACCCGUGUGGUGUUGAGCAGGGUGGUGGACAACAAAGAAACAGAACUAAAGGCCUUUGAUGGGGCUGAAACAUCUAUAAAACUCACCUCGGUCAAGCUGGCUGACUCUGGCAUCUAUGUAUGUCAGGCUUUCAAUGAGUAUGGGAAUCAGAUGACUACUCUCAGUCUAACCGUUGAAACUCAUUUGCUAGAAGUGGCUCUACAACCAAAUGGCGUGAUUGGGGCUAAGAGAGGCUCCAGUUUGUUGCUGCACUGUGAGGCUUCAGGGUGCCCUCAGCCUGAAUUCUCCUGGAAGAGUCUUGCAAACAGGCCAAUCACCAGUAAGACUGAGAGAAGCAGAUUCUUUUCCAAACUGUUGCUCAGCCCAAUGGAUUUGGAAGAUCCAUUGGGAACUUACAUCUGUGAGGUCAAAUGUGGCUCAAUCGUGAAGUCCAAUCAGACUGAAGUUAAGGUCUUCGCAUUUGCUACAAGUCCUGUCAUAGAAAGCUCUGGACCUUUUCUGGAGGGAGAAACGAUACGCUUGACCUGCACUGUUCAGGAAGUUUUCCCAGCCAACCUCUUCCAAAUCCUGUGGAUGGAUGGAGAGAGAGAACUGCACUCGGAAUCUGGGUCAUUUUCAAGUGAACCACAGAAUCUGACUUCAGUGUUGCCUUACUGCGUAAAGGCCAAAGACCAGGACAAACGCAUCACCUGCAAGGUCUUGCUGGACUUGCAAGGUGUGCCUGCCGCUCAAGCUGUAAAGACAGCUUCUACGACAUUGUCCGUUCACUAUCCCCCCAGAAAAACCAAGAUUACUGUGAGCCCACAGACAGAGUUGAAGGAAGGAGAAUCUGUGAGCAUUUCCUGCCAGUACGACAGUGUUCCAGUUGGGCAUAUGGUGCUGAGCAGGGAAGUAGAUGGUGUAGUAACAGAGUUGGGGGCCAUUAAUGGGGCUGAAACAUUAGUUACCAUCUCUUCCGUUGAGCUGGAUAACUCUGGACUGUAUGUAUGUGAAGUUUCCAACCAGUAUGGAAGCCACAGUGAUAGAGUUAAUAUUACUGUGAAAGCACCACCCAGGAAUACGACAGUGGAGGUCUUCCCAUCCACCGAGGUUCAGGAGGGGCAGAAUAUCACCAUCUGUUGUCACUCCGUGAGCUUCCCUUUACCUGCGGUGGUCCUGAGGAAGCUGGAUAGCAAGACCAACAUCUACUCCCCUGAUGGCGUCUUCAUUCUGGUCAACCUCACUCCCAACGACACAGGCUUAUACCAGGUCAAUGUCACCAACGACCUGGGCUUCGAGACAGAGGUUUUCACUAUUAACGUUAUGGAGAAAAGAUUCGACCCUCCAUCUGGUUGGAAUGAUUUUUUAACCCCUGCAGUUUGCCUGGGAGCAGCUGCGGCACUGCUUAUUGUUGUGGCGUAUCUGUGGAGAGCUGGAAAGAAGGGAUCAUAUGACUUUACGAAGUGCAAUCCAGGCACCGUGUAGACUGUUUAUACUCCACAAACUGAAUCGGCUAUGUUUUGCUACCAGGGCCUCCCUGAAGUGAGAACUGCAGGUUCUGAGAAGAUUUUCAGUCACCAUUUCAGGUGACAGUACCUCAGCUGUUUGGGAAACUGCAUUCUCCACAGCCACAGACAAUCAAUGGGCAUGUUGAUAUUCAUGCAUCCCUUGAAGAGGGAAAUAGGACUGGUGCAGAUUAUUUGUGGUCUCACCAUUGAGAAGUGGCAGCUUUCUUUGAGACCUCAUGUCUGCACUAUAACAGAGUCAGACAUGAGGGCAAAUAAUGGAUUAGAGGUUAAGGUUAGAGGAAGUUUCAUGGUAGAGUUGGGGUUAGGAUUCCUGACCAAUGGCAGAUGGGAUGAGUGUUAGGGAAACCUGCUUGAUUAUUUUUGGAAUUCUAUUUAGUGACACGAGUAGAGCAGAAAUUACAUACUUUACCUUUGGCAUAAUUUGAAGUUAAGUAGUGUUUGGUACACUAUAGAUACCUACUGUUAAACUCAAAGUCUGUUGAAGAAGAUGCUGUUAUCUAAAAAUUGCCCUUAAAGCGUUCUAAAAUGUCUAUUUAAACCUGUGUUGUUUUUCUUUCAAAUGUUAAAAGUGUUUUCAUGUUCAUAAACAUUUAUUAAACAAACAAUUGGCUAUUGUUUGUCAUUUGAUCUUGGAGAGUGAUAUGGGAAAUUUCAAGGAAAUCUGGAGAGUUACAGGAAUACUGGCAUCACACAGCGUCUGUUAUAGCUUCAUAUUCACUUUUACUUUUCAGUACUUUCACUUUCAGAU